CACACACUGUCCUAACCCACAGUGUGACUAUCAGAGGGGUGAACAUUUAAGGAUCCCAGCCAACAAGUGCUGUCCAGAAUGUGUCUCCUCCUCCCAGGAUUCCUGUCAGUAUGAAGGACUCAUCUAUGCACAUGACAGCCAGUGGAGUCCCUCGCCAUGUUCACUGUGCGUCUGCUCCCGCGGGAGUGUGUCCUGCGGCGCUCGUCCCUGCCCCCCUCCCAGCUGUUCGGAGGGCGAGAGCCCGUUCACGCCAGCCGGAGAAUGCUGUCCAAAGUGUGGCCGCAGUGGAGAGUCCUGCUCCUGGCAGGGUCUUGUGUACAGAGACGGUGAGCAGUGGAAGCCCAGUCUGUGUUCCAGGUGUGUGUGCAGCAGUGGACACGUCCAGUGUUCAGUGGCAGAGUGUCAACAAGUGUCCUGCAAAGCGCAUGAGAACCUGGUGAUUCAGCCUGGUCAGUGUUGUCCUCAGUGUGUGUCCAACCCCUGUCUGUCUGCUGGACAACAGCACCAGGAUGGUGAACAGUGGCAGAAAAACGCCUGCACCACAUGUGUGUGUCACCACGGACAGUCCAAAUGUCACACACACACCUGUCGGCCAGUCAAGUGUGAAAAGGGUCAGACUAAAGUGAAGCGCGCCGGCCAGUGCUGCGACGAAUGUGCUGCUGCCAAGGGAAGCUGCCUGUACGAGGGCACGGUGCGUUACCAUGGAGACAUGUGGAGCGGCACCGGCUGCGAGUUCUGCAGCUGCGUCCGCGGUCAGGUUCUCUGUCAGGGGGCGGAGUGUGGCCGUGUGGAGUGUCCACAGGGAUCAGCGUUUGUUCACCUGCCGGGGAAAUGUUGCCCGGAGUGUUCCUCUGUCAGAGCUGCCUGUCUGCACCAGGGACUCUCCUUCAAGGAUAUGGAUCAGUGGACUGAUGGCAGCUGUCGGGAGUGCGAGUGCCACGAUGCUCAGGUGACUUGUUAUCUGCGCUCCUGUCCCUCCUGUCCUCCAGCGACGUUGGCUGUCGCCCGGGACGACCAGUGCUGCCCCGAGUGUCACCCAGUCCAGUGUCACGUGGACUGUCUGUCGUGUUCUGGAACUGCUGACCACUGUGAGACCUGCAGAGACCUGAAGGCUGUCCUGCACCUGGGCCGCUGUCUGUCCAUCUGUCCCCCCGGUCACUACGCUGAAGGACGAGUGUGUUCAGCCUGCCAGUCGUCCUGUGCCACCUGUUCCAGCAGGUGGGACUGCCUCUCGUGUGGCUCACAGCGCCCCCUGCUGAGUGCCGAGCACGAUCAGUGCCUCACUUCCUGCCCCCGGGGCUCAUACCAGCACGACCAGACACACUGUCGCCACUGUGAUGAGUCAUGCUCGGAUUGCCGCGGGCCGAGUCGACAGGAGUGUGUGUCGUGUUCAGACCCGGCUGCUCUGCUCAAACAUGGUGAAUGUGUCCCUGAAUGCGGCGUUGGCUUCUACAGUCAGGACGGCGUCUGCUCUG